AAUGCCUAAACAUUAAAUUAUUUUCAGUCAUCUCUAGACAUAGUCCGAAUAAUUAAAAAGCAAAGGGCAUAAAUUUGGCAUUCCAAUUCCAAGUUCAGCCUCCAUUAACAACUCCACCUCCAAAAUUUGAAGAGAACAAUCUUCAUAUCUUGUUUGUUGGCUGAGAAUCAUAACUUCAGGUCUUCACCUAACCAAACUAACGAAGCCCACAUUCUUUAUCAAAGUUAGUUACUUUAUUCCUAAAUACUCACUCUCAAUUUUAAAAGUCAAAUGGGAUCCCAUAGGUUACCUUAAUCUGAUCGUCUGACUGAGGAUGUCCCAAGCUGACGUCUCUUACAGUUGUGGGUCUUGUGGAUACCCUUUGAAUUUAACAUCUUCCAAUCGAAUUACGUCCAACAUAGAUUCUGAAUAUCAUAAAUCCAUUAAGAAAGGUUUUAUCUCCUUCAUAACUGUUGAUCUUAGCCGAUUCACUCAAGUUGAUGAGGUAAAUUGCCUUCCCUUCUAUUGGGGUCGUUAUCGUUCUAAAACUAAACUGCUCUGCCGUAAAUGCGGGGUUCAUAUAGGCUAUGGAUAUGGAGAUUCUCCUGCUCUCUGUGGUUUUGACUCUCCCAUCUCAUCUACCUCUGCUUACAAAAAGUUUACCAUAAAAAUCCGAGCUUUACAGCCAUCACAAGAAAGCUAACAGAUUUAAUAUGGAAGUUCAUUCAAUGGAUGUUCUUACCUCUGUCAUGCAGCUACCUGAUGAUUGCCUCUGUAUUAUUUUCAAAUGGCUUGACUGUAGUU